GGCGGGGCGGCGCCGGCCCUCCCACCGCCUCCGAGCGGGGCCGAGCCCAGCCCAGCCGGGCAGAGCCGAGCGGGGCCGAGCCGAGCCGCGGCGUCAUGCUGGGCAUGGUGAAGAACUCGCUGCUGAGCACGGUGGAGGCAUGGCCCUGCCGCCUGCUGAGCAAGGGCGAGAAGGAUCAGGUCAGCUACGAGGAGAGGACGUACGAGGGCGGGAGGUUCGCGGCGGUGGAGCUGGUGGGGAAGGCGUUCGACGAAGCCUCGAAGGAAGGGGCAGUCAAGCUCCUCAAGUAUGUCGGAGGAAGCAACGACAAGGGGGUUGGAAUGGGCAUGACUGCUCCUGUCUCCAUCACUGCUUUUCCUGCUGAAGAUGGCUCCUUUCAGCAGAAGGUGAAAGUCUCUCUGCGGAUCCCAAGCCAGUUUCAAGACAACCCUCCAUGUCCUACUGAUGAAAGCGUUAAGAUUGAAGAAAGACAGGGGAUGACCAUUUAUUCCACGCAGUUUGGUGGCUAUGCCAAAGAGGCAGAUUACGUGAGCUAUGCAGCCAAGCUGAAGGCUGCUCUGGGGAGUGAUGCUGCAUACCACAAGGAUUUCUACCUGUGCAAUGGUUAUGACCCCCCCAUGAAGCCUUACGGACGCCGCAAUGAGGUCUGGUUUGUGAAGGAGUGAACAUCUGGCUCCCCGUGGUGCUGCCUUGCUCUGAUAACCUCCCCACACUAUGUCCCUGUCCUCUUUAAAAUAAACUAAGAAUUCAGCAGAGGCAAAAAACUCUCACUGCCUUUUUCCAUGCCUAUGCCUUAGUCUUUUAUGGACCAUGAAAAUAAUUUUAGAAGAGCACUUGCUGACCCUCCUGAUGGUCCUGCUUCUUCAUUCCAGACCAGGUCUUCAGCCACACAGACUCUCUUGAUCUCUCCAUGGCUUGUUUUUAUCUCCUUUGUGCUUCCAGAGUUCAGUGCUGAGAAAGCCAAAAGUACUUAAUUGACUGGUGCCUGACAGGAGUCACGUCCAAGUGUAGGCAGACUCUUAGUCUCACCUGAGACAGGCAGGGGAGCAUGACAAAAGUGCAUACAGAGACUUUUUUUAUCUCCUUCAGUUUGCUGCAGCUGUAAAAUGCUGCUUUUAUCUUUGCCAUUCCACAAACAAUUUAAAGGGACACAGGCAUUGCUGCCAACACAGCGUAGAGAAAAUAAACAUCCUUUACAUUAAUUCAGGGCGUGCAGAAGAUCAGCGCUUCUGUCAUCUGUCUGAGAAAUGCCAUUCAGAGAAAGAUCCAGGUUCUGUUUGCAGCUUUCUUUUGUUUGAGGACAGAUGUUUUGGCGUGUGCUGUGUCUUGAUCUCAGCUAGCAGCUGGACAAUGUGACCUGGAGACCUCAAGAUUGUUUCUUCACCUUCCUAUUACUUCUGUGUAACAUUUCUUUAAAACUAGCCUGUGCAAGGGCCAAAGCAGAAAUGUGUGUGGUUAUGUAAUUGAAUUAGAGAAAUGCAAGGCUGGGAAGAAAGCAAAUGCUUAUUACUUGUGAUCUGAGGGUGCAUUUGAAGAAUGGUGAAUAUAUGGUGUGAAACUAACAUGGGUGCCAAUCUAAAAAACUUUUCUUAAAAGGUGUUAAUUUUUGAAGGGCUACUCAGACCAGCUGUUUUCUUUAGAGGAAGAAAAGGAAAGCAUGGCUGUCCUGGAAAACAGGGACUUGGGUCAAAUAAUGAGUAGCCUUUGGAAACUUCAAAUACAAUAGCAAGUGUGGGUCAUGUUUCAGGAAGAGUGGCAAUGUUGAAAUGCCAGGCAUCAAACCAUUAUUUUAGCUGUUGGCUCUGCCAGGGACACAGCAGAGUGCCCACAGUGGGAACACUCACCCUGCUACUGGGUGUGUAUAACUCACUACCUGCACUAAAAGAGGUGUGCUCCUCUGGUGGUGAAGUGCCCCAUAGUUCAGGUGCUUUCCAAAAAACAUUUUCCCCUGGAGCUGAAAGAGGCAUUUGUCAGCUGGCAUUGUGGCUGCUGGCUGGUCAAGCUGUUGCACGUGCGCCUGCUUUCUGAGAACAAAUCUCAGCAGGAAAAGGAGAAAACCUGAGGUUUUGAUGUGCUUUCCUUUUCUCCCUUGCUGAGCUGUAUAAGAGCUUUGCUGUGAACUUCAUGAGAGUUUCAGUCACCUGUGUGCAAGAGCAGCUAGUUCAGGAUGGGUAAAAAGAGCAGAUAUCAUUUAAUUAAGCAAAAAACCAAACAGCAAUGACAGGGAAAAGAUACUGGCUGUGGUUAGUGAUUGCAGUGCAGGGGAGGAAGAAUAAAAAGAGAAAUCAAGAGAAAGAAUUGGGCUUUUGAAGGAAUUUUUGAAGCAGCAAAUGCCCUUUUAAGCUUGUGCCUUUGUUCGAAUCCAAAGGGAUUGUUCAUGUCCCAGAUUAUUUUAACCUGUGUGGGCGAGGAACGGAGGAGCACAGUAUUGUCCAUUUUGUGCCUCCCAGGUUCGUUUUGGAGCUUUUGUGGAUACAGUCUGGUGACCUGUGAUGAAUGCCUUUCAAUGAUCAAAACCUUGAAAUUUCUCAAAAUUUAUCUUGUGAAAUCUCAGAUGUUAGAGAUGCCAGUAAUAAACCUGGUAUAAACAGAGCUGUGCAGCUCAGCAGCAUGAUGGGGUUCUUUUAUAAAGUGCAUACCUUCUGAACGGAGAUUGAGAGCUUCAGACCCAACAGUGAGAGUAAACAUCUGUAGUCUCUGCCUCUGCAGCCCUGCUACUGGCCUUUUGCAUCAGGCAGGCAGGAUAGAAUUUCAUAAACAUUGUUAUAUAAUGUCAAAGCCUUAUGCAAACUGAAUUGCCUUUUCUGUACACACAAAGAUGCCUGUGUUUUGUCUGCAUUUUCUAGUUUUGAAAUAAAUAAAUAAUAAGUUUUUAAAUAAAUAAAUAAUAAUAUUGUGAUUUACA